AUGGCUCACAACUCCAACCAGAGAAGAGUCCAGCGACCGCGCGAGCAACGCCCAAACGCCGCCAUUGUCAUCAUCCCGGACGCAUACCGCUCGCCGCAACACUAUGAGCUCCUCGCGGCGUCAUGUCGGGCACUCGGACCGGAGGUCGUUGUCGUCGUCCAGAACCCCUCCUCACGGAGUUUCAUCGGAGGGGCCGGACCGGCGGCAACUCCGGGCUUAUACGACGACGCAGCCAACGCGCGACUGACGAUCGAGGGACUGGUCCGUGAAGGGCAGAACGUCCUCAUCGUCGCGCACUCCUAUGGAGCCGUUGUGGCGUCUGGGUGUGUCAGGGGUCUCGGGCGGGAGGAGCUUAUGGGAGUCUCUCGCGGAGGUGUUGUGAGGAUGCUCUUCAUUGCGGGCAUCGUGCCAUGGGAAGGGCAGAACGUCAAUGAGGCGGUAGAAGGAAUGCUAGGCGCGAGCACGUCGGACAACUAUGCCGGCUGCUUGACGCACCACGGUGGAGAGAAGCUGGGCGGGCCCGAAUAUUCCGGCGCGCCGUUUGAGGAGCGGUUGACGUACGCCGGGUACAGGAGGAUCCCGGUGACUUACAUGGUAACGGUGACGGACCGGACGGUGCCGGCAACGCUGCAGGAGAUGUUCGCCGGGGUUGUGGAGAUUGAGGCGGGACGGGCGUGCGGUAUCCGGUCGGCCACUGCCCGGAGGUAA